AUGGAAGUCGAAGUUUAUAUAGAUAAUUACCAAACAGUACCCAGUGUAUUAUGGCAGUAUUAUGCUGAUAUAGAUGGUGAUUUUGUUGAAUAUCCUGAUAGUAACAGUCAUCAAUGCGACAAGAAUGGCAAUAUUAUCAGUCCAUUAACGGAAGACUGGUUUGCCGUAAAGCAUACCAAAACAGAGAAAAACCUUGUGAUUGUAUACGAUGUAGGAUCAAACAUAGAAAGUACUGUAGAUAGUCAGGGGAGAAAAUUUAGUGAAGUUGUUAAAGAAGCUAUCAAACAAACUUUACAAACGCUAACACCUAAUGAUAAGGUUAACAUUAUCGCCUUCAAUGGAACAGCUCAGAUAACAAACAUGUGUAAGAAUAAGUUAUUCAUCGCUAAUCAAAGAAAUAAAGAUAUCCUAUCACAAUUUGUAACAACAAUGGGCAAACCUGGAGGAAGAUCAGACUACAGUGUUGGAUUGGAAGCUGCAUACAAAAUAUUAGAAACAGAAAAUGCGGACAAACAGGGCUUGAAUAUAACAAUUAGACCAACAGGAGUCAGUAAUCAAAAUGGAAUUGUUUACUUCUUUCCUGAUUUGAAAGGAUUUCCGACAGGUGUAGCAAAAGAGUUUACAUCAAGUAUACCGUUCACUGUAAACACUGACAAAGAAUAUACAGUCAUAGCUCCUGUUAUUGAGGACAAACUAGGGCUGAAAAUGACAAUAAGUGUACCUGUGAUUGAUAAAUUAUCAAAUAAUUCAGUAACUGGAACUGCUGCCGUUGAUGUUUCCAUGGCAACAAUGUUUACAGAGAUAGAAGAUUUUGAGCUUGGUGUUCACAGCUAUGCAUUUUUAUUGGAGAAAAGACACGCACACGUUUUACUUCAUCCGAAACUGAAAGAUCCAGCUAACACUAUACAUGAUAAAGGAGAGGAUGAUAUCUUCCCAUCAAUUCAAACACUGGAACCAAAUUUAAGUCAAGAACAAAUCAAGAAGAUUACAACUGAAGGAAAAAUCGGAUCUUUCUCUGCUAAGCUUUCACCAUCUGUAUUUGUUGAUUCAGAAGUAUAUAAGUUUACAGAGGAAAAUCUACCUAAAGUUGGAACUUUAUCUGAUUUUUUGUCUGGUAGAAAUAAUACAAACAUUAUCAAAGAAGGGAUUAAAAAAGAAAUAUGGCAUUCCUUGAUUGAAACUCAAAGUUUGAUCGACUAUUGGAGAAAUUCUAGAAAUAAAGCCAUAGAAAGAUUUUUUGGCUCACCAUCUGGAGUCUUCAAAAUGUAUCCAGGGGUAGCCUUAAGCAACACAUUUGAUCACAUUCAGUACAAAUGGUACAAGAAAAGUGUAGCAAGAAAUCAAGACCUUGUGUUUACAUCUGGCAGAAUCAGCGAAUUUACAACUAAAGAUGUUAUGAUUUUAAGCAGAGCUCUUUCAGAAAAUAUGGAUAGUAAAGACCCAGGGACAGUUACUUCAUUACAAGGAGUUGUUGGAGCUACUUUAACACAUAGUCAACUUACAGCUAUGUUAAUUAACAACGUAGACGAUUGUACGAUGAACGGUUUAGAGUGUCAUAUUAUUGAUAAUAAUGGAUAUUUUCUAACCUUUGGAACAGAGAGACAAAAUGGAAAAUAUAAAUCCCAUCUGACACAGAAAUUUCCUUGGUUAGCUUCACAACUUAUAAGAAAAAAUCUUCUUAAGCACGUUUGGUGUACCAGCAUGUCUGAAGGUAACCACGAGUUAUCUUACUCGAUACAAAUACCAGUUAUAGAACAUGACGUAGGAGCUGCCGAUGUAUGUAGAAGAUAUGUGAUUGGUGCAGUAAAUGGCACAAACUUGUUUAUAUUGGUAGUAAAUGGGCGUGGUGAAAAUAAAUGUACAGAAUCAAAAGAUCAAACGGAGGUAUGCGAGUCGUGUGGAGCUACAUAUGCUAAAUGUAGCCAGUGUAUUAACGGGAACCAACUCACAUGUCAAUGUCCCUGUUACUGUGAAGUAGAUUUUGACCAGUGUUCAAGUCAGUUUAAUGACACCAACUCUACUACCUUCCCACAUUCAGCAUGCUACUACGAACCGUUAUAUAGAAAACUAACAGAAUUCAACCAACCAAAACCUGUAAUUUCCUGUAAAGUGCCGUGCCAAGCAAUAGAGGAGAAGACGAAAUGUAGAACCUUGGUACAUUGUAAAUGGGAUACAACUAUUCAAUUUCCCUUAUGUGUAUAUGACGAAGUAACAACAACAGCUACACCGACACGAACCACCAGGAAACUAAACUUACCAACUAAAAAGCCCAACCUACCUACAAAGAAGCCAAACAUCCCAACAAAGAAACUAGGCUUACCAACCAAGAAGCCAAACAUACCUUCAAAGACAUCUAACUUACCAAGCAUUUCAAGCAAUUCGAUACCAAGUCAUACACAUAAAGUACCUCCAAAACCAAUACAUACACACAAGAUACCACCAGGUCCAACCAAAAAGAUUGAAACAAUUAAACCACCGACACCCUUAGGAACAUCGAUAGCUGGUUCUUCCACGUUGGUCAUUUCACCAACCAUGAAUAUAGUAAAAGAAACUAAAUCAGGGUAUGUAUCAUGUGUCUAUAUGUUAUAA